AAGAAUAAGAAUGAAGGAGAGAGAGGAGGUGGAGAGACCUGAUACAGAGAGGGCUUCAUCUGAGCGCGUGCAGAAGAGACUGAGAAGUCAGACAGAGCUGAGCAGGAAUCAGAGCGUCUCCCUACAGAGGACAAGGACAGCUGGACGGAUCACCUUCAACAUCAGGAAGAAGCUUCAGCCUGAAGACCUGCAGGUUUGAGUCUCCAUGGGGAGUGAAACGAUUGCUCUACUGAGCAUCUGUCUCAGUGCGUGUCUGGCAUUCAAUGUGGACACUUCGUUUCCGGUGCUGAAGACAGUAGAGGGCAAGAGUCUGUUUGGAUUCUCUGUUGCUCUGCAUGAGGAUCUGGAGACAAGGGACUACCUGCUAUUGGUCGGCGCUCCCAGGGAGAAGGCGGAGUCUAACGUUCCAGCCAAUCGAACCGGAGGAGUUUACACUUGCCCAGUGACAGCUAAACAGUCAGACUGCAGAAGGAUAAAGCUCAUAGAUCCAUCGAACCUGACCCCGUCUGAAGACCUGGUCGAGGACAUGUGGUUGGGCGUCUCAGUAGCCAGUCAGGGCAGACCUGGAGGGAGGAUCCUGGCCUGCGGUCAUCGGUUUAUUAAGGUUCACCUUGGACAGAGGUGGAUGACUGGCCACUGUUAUCUCCAUAGAAAUGCACAGCACCAAGAAGAGGAUCUAAACUGGCAGAACAUACAGCAGCAGCAUUGCGAUUACAGGCUGGAUCAUCUCAAGGAGGGAAUGUGUACUUUUGGGAUCUCUGCUUCCAUCACACAGAGCGACGUCAUCCUCGGCUCUCCUGGGAGCUACGAAUGGCAGGGUACUGGUUCUAUGAUGUUCAACAGUUCAGAUAGAAUCAGCGAGGCCCCGUCAGUGUUGGACAAAAACCUCAGAGCUCACGUGAACCCAGUGAGCUGGAUGCCGCUGAUGGGUAACUUCCUGCAUCAUGCAGCACAGUGCGGCAGCUCACAUGUUCACAGAUGGUAUUCUGUCACGCAGGCCUAUCAUUUACUUUCUGCAAAGGAUCAAACCAUCGUAGCAGGGGCUCCUAGAGAUAAUAAAAUGGAUGCUCGUGGUUCUGUGAUGCUGAUUGUUAAGGAGUCUACUGAUCUGGUGAUUCAGAAGACUCUAAGAGGUCAACAGGUUGGAUCGUACUUUGGUAAUGCAGUGGUAGCCGUGGACCUGAACAGUGAUGGCUGGAACGACCUGCUAGUGGGUGCUCCUUUUUACUUCAACCGUCAGCUGGAGGUGGGUGGGGCAGUUUACGUUUAUAUGAAUGGAGGGGGGAGGUUCCCCUCUGAACCCAGCAUGGUUCUGACAGGUCCAGUUGGAUCUGCUUUUGGAAUGGCUAUUGCUGCUGCAGGAGACCUCGACCAAGACGGCUUUCAGGACUUUGCAGUGGGAGCUCCUUUCCAUGAUGCAGGACUUGUAAUGAUCUGGACCGGAAGCAGAGAGGGUGUUUCUGCAGAACCAAGUCAGGUGAUCCAUGGCAGCACUGUGUUUCCUGGUUUCCGGACCUUCGGGUACUCCCUGGCUGCAGGUGUGGAUGUUGAUGGCAAUGAUUAUCCAGACCUGUUGGUGGGCUCUCUGGAUGACAAAAUCGUCCUCCUCAGGUCUCGCCCUGUCGUCCAGCUAAAUAACACACUCAGAGUUUCUCCGGAUAUCGUCGCCCUAAAAGACUGUAACUUCUGCAUCCAGGUGGAGGUGUGUUUCUCCUUCAAGGUCCACGCUGGAAAAAACUUAAGCAUCAUCUCUGUCAACCUUACCGUGAGUGCUGAUGUUACCAGCCUCACGCCCCGCCUCCGUUUCCAGAACAACGGAGAGAGCAUGUUCUCCAGUAUCCUGUCAGUAAGGAACGGAAAGUGUAAAACCCUAAGAGUUGGACUGCUGAGUAACAUCCGAAACGUGGUGGAACCUCUGGUGUUCUCCACCAGUGUCUCUCUGGAUCAAAACCUUCCCAACAGGAGCAACACAGUUCAAGACCUUAGACGCUUCCCCGUUCUCAGCCGGAAACCUCAACCCACCAGAACCCAGAUCCACUUUCAAAAGUCCUGCGGUUCUGAUAAUGUCUGUCAGAGUAACCUUCACAUGGAGGCCCAGUUCACAGAUGAGAACCACGAACCCUUCCCCAAGCAUAAUGGCAGCCAGCUGCUGAACUACACUAGCAGCAUCAGGAGGUUACUUCUGGAGGUCAAUGUCAGCAACAUUGCGUCACGAGGUCGACUAGCAGAGGACGCUCAUGACACUGUGCUCAACGUCAGCAUCCCACCUUCACUCAUUUACUCCGGAGUCCAAGCAAGUGACGAUGGAGCUUUGUCAGGAGCUGUUGUUUGUACUGUUGAAGGUGACACCCUUCUCUGCCCACUUGGAAAUCCCUUCAGAAGUAACCAGAAGGUCCAGGUGUUCAUUAAAUUCGAGCCAUCUGAGAUGGCUUUGGACACCAGAGAGAUCCAGUCUCAGCUGCUGCUCUCCACGCUCAGUGAGCAGUCAAACUUGUCUCCGGUCUCUGUCACCUUGCUGGUGGAGCAUUCUCUGCAGGCGGCUAUUACUUCAAUCCCACUGGAUCCGAUCUUCUUCAGUGGUAAAGUGAUGGGUGAGCGGGCCAUGAAGACCACGAAGGACGUCGGCAGUCUGGUGGUUUUCACCAUUCAGGUUCACAUUCUGGGGAAGCCGCUGGGUCACCUUGGCAACCUGGAGGUGGAGUUUGAUUGGCCGAAAGAGGUGGCGAAUGGAAAAUGGCUUCUGUAUCUGACAGAGAUCCGUUUGGACGGCACUUCAAAUCCUCGAUGCAUCGACGAAGACAUCAUCAACCCUUUAAACCUCCUGAUGUCCGAUGAGCAGAAAAUGAAAAGGAGUCUGAAGAUGGACAAAGAAGAGAAGAAGCGAAAUCAGGAAGGGAAAACUCUCCCUGUCCUCGGCUUUAAGAAACAGAGGAAGACCUUAAAAUUGAGCUGCAGCAGCGGGGCGAGAUGCGUGAAAUUCUCAUGUCCUCUGCUCAACGUGACCAACGUUGCAACCCUGACAGUGAGGAGUCGACUGUGGAACUCCACUAUGAUCGAGGACUACAGCGAUGUGAGCAGUGUGUCAGUUCAAGGCUUGGCCGCUCUGAAGCUGAGGACCACCAAGAGCACCAUCAGCAUGAAGUCCUCCCCCUCAGUGAUCCAGGUCAACAUUUACCCAGAGUCUGGACUGCUGCAGGACUCCGGCGCACCCCUGUGGAUCAUAGUGGUGUCAGUCUUGGCUGGGGUGCUGCUGCUGGCUCUAAUAUGUCUACUGCUUUGGAAGUGUGGCUUCUUCAAGAGAGCCAGCACCAGGGAGCUGUACGAGGCCAAGACCCAAAGGGCCCUCAUGAGGAGCCAGCCGUCUGACAAGUACAAGCUGACCGAGGAGCUCUGAGGCUGGGCUGGCUGCUGCAGGAGAGCCCUGCUUGUCAGUUCUUUGUACGUCAGGAGGCAUGGCAGACUGCAGUGCUCCAGCAGAAAGGGAUCAUGGGUGACGGCGAGAAGAUGCAGCAGCAUGUGGAUGAUGAUGGUUUCCUGAUCCAGGAUCUGGUGACCAGGACCCAGA